AUGCACUUUUCUCUCUCUACCGUUCUGGCGCUGGGCGCCCUCCACACUUUUGGUGUCUACGCUCAGGACUGUAUUAACACCUGCGUCGAGAACGUCAAGCCCACUGUUGGCUGCGCGGAUCCUUCUGAUGCCAGCUGUGUUUGCGUAUCCAAUGAAUUUGUCAAAGGCGUUGCCGAAUGCGCAAGAGCACCUGCAUGCGCGGCUGCAGAUGAUGCUAUCACAAAUGCCAUAAGCAAUGGAUUCUGUGUUGGUCAGCAGGUGCCUGCUUUCCCAGGCGCUACUACGACCCCUGUUGAGAGUGCAGCGACAUCCGAAGCAGUGGCAGCAACAACAUCCGACGCCCCUGCUGCGCCUGAAACCACUGCCGCUGAGACGACUCCUGCAGCACUCCCGGAAUCCUCGGAGCCAUCCGUGACUUCGGAGGCUGCGGCUACUUCAGAAGCUCCUGAGACUACUCCCACUGACCCAGCUGAAUCAAUCGUAUCUACCGCUACGGAGGAAGUUUCUGCUUCUUCCACUGAUGCCAGCAACUCAUCCACGACCACUGAAGCAGUUGAUGCUGCCGCCACAUCUGAUUCGGCAAAAGAUGAAGACGAGGACGAAUCUGCUGGAGGCGGAAUGUCUGGUGGUGCCAAGGCUGGUGUCGGUAUUGGUGUCACUAUCGGUAUUCUCGCUCUCCUUGGUAUCGCUGGUUUCUUCUUUUGGAAGAAACGCCAAAACCAACAGAACCUUCCCCGCGGAAACAUGGACGAUAUGUCGCCUCCCAUGGCUGCUCGGGACCGCAGUUAUCCUGCACCUGAUCAGGGUUCCAUCGGCGAGAAGAACGGGUAUGAUCUCGAACUUAUGUCCCAUCGAUAUGAGGAUAUGCUUCCCCGGGAGGAACCACGACAUAUGGUUUAA